AUGGCCAUCCGGAACAUCAAGCCGCUUCGUGAGGAGUCCGCGGCGGGCCUACAGAAUCUUUUGGAUACUCUAGACAAACACCGAGAUCAACUACGAGCGCUCGAGCAGUCAGUAGACGAAUGGGAUGUAUGGAUGAUCUCAUUCGCUGCCACUGGCAUGGACUCCUCGACCAGAAAAGCCUGGGAGGAUGAACUGGAAAGACUUGAAGCUGGAGGCGCAUCAAAGAGCGAAACUGUAGCCACGUUUUCCACUCUGUCAAGCUUUCUGCAGUACCGUGGUCGUUUGCUCACCUCCGUAGAAUCCCUCCGCACACAACACUCAACAAACAACCGCCCACCAGCUCCAACAUCAGCGAGUCGCAAUUACCUAUCUCUUGCUACACAAGCCAAUGAUUUCGACACCGAAUGUCCAGCUUGUCAAGUUUCUCAUUAUCUUGGCCACUGCAGUCGGUUUUUAGAAAUGGAUGUGCGCGCACGAAAACAGCUCGUCACUCGGUCGAGGUUGUGCUUCAACUGCCUCUGCACUGGGCAUAUGGCACACUUCUGUCCUUCUCAAUCUGUGUGUAAGCACUGCAAGGCAAUGCAUCAUAGUUUGAUCUAUGAGAACAGUUGCAAGUGGGGCGCCGAUACUUUUGCUAGACCGCCACCGAAGCUGACACAUGCGAGCACUACCUCCGAUCACGUGAAAAGUGCCCGGAGGACACCAUGCGGCUCUGACUAG